AUGUCACUGCAGCCUCCACGGGCACGAGGAGCACAAGCAUUUCACACGAGCGGUGUCGUCGUGCUUGGGGAGGCGCAGGUGCGCUGGUCGGACGUCUGCGGCCUGGAGGUGCUGAAGCGUGCUCUCAUGCUCAACGUCGUGUACCCCGUCAAGCACCCGACGCUGUUCGAGAACACCAAGCCGCUCUCGAGUCUCAUGUUGUACGGUCCAACGGGCUGCGGAAAGUCGCACGUCGGCAAAGCGCUGGCGACCGAGUUCAACGACUCGACCUUCUUCUACGUCAUGUGCCAGCACUUCGCCUCCAAGUGCCUCGUCGGAAAUGAGAACCUCACCGUGAGGACCCUGUUCGAGAUGGUCCUCAACCACGCACCAAGCGUGCUUUUCUUAGAUGAGCUUGACGCCCUGAGUGGUACGGGAGUGAGCAGCGAAAGCUCGGGAUUCUUGUACAGAGUCAAGGCUGACUUCCUGAGCCUUCUUGAGGGAAUACUCUUUAAGCAAAAGGUUACCGUCAUUGGAGCCACCAAGUCCCCGUGGGCGGUGGACCCGGCGCUGGCACGCGUGUUUCGAAAGUGGGUUUACGUUCCGCUACCAACGGACGAAACUCGAGAACUUAUGCUGCUCAAUGGACUCAAGGAUGUCCGUCACCAGCUGCUAGAAGCAGACAUGUUCUAUUUGGUGCAGAAGACGGUCGGCUAUACGUGCGAAGAUCUCACGCUGCUUCAGAGAGAGGCCAAGAUGGAGGUGCGACAGAAGCUCAAGUCCGCUACGCAUUUUGUCAAAGUUGAAGGGUACAGGAGGCCCAGCAGUGCAUCGAAGACAGGCGAUUUUCUCACGCCAUGCUCGCCGGUCACUCCAGGAGCGAUCAGAUUGACCUGGAAAGAUAUCCCAAAAGAGGCUCUCUUGGAACCAGAACUCAGUUUGCAAGAUUUCGAGGUGGUUUUGCAGAAGUACCAUGCCUCGGUGACAUCCAGUGAGCUUGACAAACUGGAAGCCUUCAGAACGAACCAGGAGUCAAACAUUCAUACUGUCCUGAGAGUCGACAUGAGAGCUUUCAAUGUAGGUCAUGUGGCUACCGAUGAUGCAGAAGUUGUGAAAGACUAA